AUGACGACUUUUAUGAAAACGACGACGACGACGACGAUGAAAACAAAGGCGGCGACUCCAGUUGUUUUGAUGAACUGCUGCUAUUGCACCAGAAGAAGAACCGGAAAGCAGUUAAAAUCGGGGGGGGAUUCGUUGUCUGCCGCCAAAAAGAAAACACGAACGAAAAGAAGAAUGCAUUCGAAGACUCUGAGUGUGAGAGCGAAUCUAAAAGUUGAAGUGUGGGAGAGGACGUCCAUGCCCUUGAGCGAAGAGAAAGCGGAGACAUUCUUUCGAGAGUUUUGGCAGAAGAAACCCCUUCUGAUGAGAGACGCGAUUCCGAACUUUAAGUGUCCGUUAGAUACGAAUGAACUCGCCGGCCUGGCGUGCGAAGACGAAUUCAGUUCUCGUCUGAUGCGAGUGCGAGAGGAGGAUAAAAAAUGGACGUUGGAAGUUGGACCGUUUCCGGAGGAAGUGUUGCAGACGUUACCGGACGACCAAGCUUGGAGCUUGGUGAUUAAUGAGUUAGACUCGAAAAUACCGGCGAUGAAUAGCAUCAUCACGGAUUUGUUUCCGCAGUUUCCGCGGUGGAGAAUUUCGGAUAUUCAAGCGUCCGUCUCGCCAGAGGACGGAGGCGUAGGCGCGCACUCGGAUAAUUUCGACGUGUUUUUAAUACAAGCCAUAGGAGAUAAACUUUGGUCCGUUGCGGAUAACGAGGCGUAUUGGCCGGAUAAAGACGAGUCGUUCGUUCCGAACCAAGACGUUCGUAUUUUGAAAGAGUUUGUCGCGGACGAUAGCUUUUUGUUGAAACCGGGGGACAUUUUAUACUUACCGCCGAAAGUCGCGCACCAUGGGCUGGGGAAACCGCACGAAAAAGGAGCGUGUUCAGUGACGUUAAGUUUAGGCUUUUUAGCGCCCAUGCACGAGGAGAUGAUUUGGUCGUACGCGCAACAAGAAUCGAGCAAGUAUAAAGACGUUCGAUGGAGAGACCCGUGGAUGAAACCGGCGGAAUUGGGAAAGUCUGGAGCCAUCGAUAAAGAUGCCAUAUCGCACGCCUGGGGCGUUUUGAAGAAAGCGGAACCAAAAUCAGAGAGGGAUGUUGCGGUUUGGAUGGGGAAACAUGCCACGGCAAAACGGUUCGGGGAGUCCAUCGCGUUAUUCGACGAAAAAGGAUUUCUAGAACAACUCGGCGCGAAUAAAAGAGAGAUUGAUUACGACGCCUGGGAAGAAGCUGGGUUUCUGCAAAGAAACGAAAGCGUGCGGUUCGCAUUCAUCGAUAGCGUAAACGAUAAUUCCAUGGACAACGGCGACGACGACGACAGCGGGUUGUUAUUCUUUGCUGGUGGGAUUUCGUGGACGAUGAAAACGGACGAAGGAAAAGCGAUAGCGUAUACUUUAGCGAACGAAGGCGAGCUCGAGUUCAUCGGGAAACCGUUGAAAGAGAAGGAAAGUGUGGAGCUUUUAUCGCAAUUGAUCAACACAGAGUUUAUAUUCGUACCAAGCGACGAGGAUGAAGAGGAUUACGAUGAGGAUGAUGAAGACCACGAAGAGGAAUGA